GCCCCGGUUAGGCUGCGUGCAAGGGCAGAGAGCGAGCGGACUUCUCCCACCUGGCGCCCUCCUCCCCCUCGGCCCUCCGCCUCCUCUCGCCACGUCCCCCCCUCCUGACCAAGCAUCACCCUCGUGAGGCCUCGCGGCGUUCGCGGAGGCGCACAGCCCCCACCCCGCCCGGCGCCUUUUCUGCCAGCGCGGGGGGCUGGGGCGGGGAUGGGGAGGCCCAGGGCACAUGACGCCCCCAUCCCCCGGCGCGCCCAGCAAGCACAUGACCCAGGCAGGCCGGCGGGGUCCCGGCAGACCCGAGCCGCGUCCCAGAGCCCGGGCCAUGGCCUCCCCGCGCCUGGGGACCUUCUGCUGCCCCACGCGGGACGCCGCCACGCAGCUCGUGCUGAGCUUCCAGCCGCGGGCCUUCCACGCGCUGUGCCUGGGCAGUGGCGCGCUCCGCCUGGCGCUCGGCCUCCUGCAGCUGCUGCCCGGGCGCCGGCCCGCGGGCCCCGGGGUCCUCUCGGCCUCCCCGCCGGCCGCGGCCCGCGCCCCCGCCUCCGUCCGCAUCCUGCGCGCGGCCAUCGCCUGCGACGUGCUCGGCUGCCUGGGUAUCAUAGUCCGGUCCACGGUGUGGUUAGGAUUCCCGAGCUUCGUGGACAUCUCAGCUGUGAAUGGGACUGACAUGUGGCCCACCGCCUUCUGUGUGGGGAGUGCAAUGUGGAUGCAGCUGCUGUACAGUGCCUGCUUCUGGUGGCUGUUUUGCUAUGCGGUUGACGCCUAUCUGGUGAUCCGGAGAUCCGCUGGACUGAGCACCGUCCUGCUGUACCACCUGAUGGCCUGGGGCCUGGCCGCGCUGCUGUGCGUGGAGGGGGCGCUGAUGCUCUACCACCCUUCCGUCGCCAGGUGUGAGAGGGGCCUGGAGCAUGCCAUCCCCCACUACGUCACCAUGUACCUGCCGCUGCUGCUCGUCCUCGUGGCCAACCCCAUCCUGUUCCGGAAGACAGUGACUGCAGUGGCCUCCUUGCUGAAAGGAAGACAAGGCAUCUACACAGAGAGCGAGAGACGGAUGGGAGCGGUGAUCAAGACCCGGUUUUUCAAAAUCAUGCUGGUUUUCAUUAUUUGUUGGUUGUCAAAUAUCAUCAAUGAAAGCCUUUUAUUCUAUCUUGAAAUGCAACCAGAUAUCAAUGGAGGCUCUUUGAAACAGGUCAGGAAUGCAGCCAAGACCACGUGGUUCAUUAUGGGGAUCCUGAAUCCAGCCCAAGGGUUCCUCUUGUCCCUGGCCUUCUACGGCUGGAAAGGGUGCAGCCUGGAUUUCCAGGCUCCCAGGAAGGAGAUCAAGUGGGAGUCGGUGACCACCUCGGCCGCCGAGCGGCCCCAGCCGUCCCCGGGGGGCUCCCGCGAGCCCCGGGGAGGCCCCGUGCGCACGAAAGUGGUGCGAGCGGGCGGCGGGCACACCUCCGACGAGGCCCUGAGCAUGCUGUCUGAAGGUUCCGACGCCAGCACAGCUGAAAUCCAUGUUACAAGUGCGUCCCGCAGCGGAAACGAGGUUGGACCUAUUGCAAAGCCCCGGGGAGACCUGUGAGAGGACGCGACGGGGCCCACACCUCGCAUUCCUCAGGCUCCACGCUCCUCGCGCCUCAGAGCCGUGUUCUCGCCUUGCGGUCACCGCGGCCCCGGGGUGUAGUCCCCCCAGAUCUCACUCUCGUCGUCCCGUUAGGGCGGAUUCCCGCGGAUCCCCUGUGUGAGGAGAGGUGACCCGUGAGUGCGCGCUGGGGGUGGGAGGAGGAAGAGUCCUGGACCAGGCUCUCCGCAGCUCCUGUCGUCUCCGUGGACGCGGGUUUUUCUGGUCCGCCUGUAACGUGAACGCCAGAUCCAAGUCCUUGGGAAAGUGAAUAAAGUAGUUGUGCCUGAG